CAUUGGGGCUUUCUACGGCCCUUUUGUUCCCCCCAAGCCCGAAACAAACACGACCCCUUCCGCCCGGUGACGUCACAGCCCCCUUUACUGUCAAUCAAAUGCCCCCUCCUACUUCUCCUAAUAAUGAUACAGUGUCGGGUUUUGCCUGCUUAUUUUAUCUACCGUUCGGAUCGAUCGUCCAGUUCCAGUCCACUCUUGCGGCUCAUUCAUCUCCAUAGUUCCAACGAUGUGAAGCUUUCCAUGCAGCCAAAGGGGAGGAGAGGAAUGGGUCCCUAUAUAAACCUUUGCCAAGAUGGCGCUCACCUUUGGCCUGGAUACGCGCAAAAACGGAGAAGAAAGACUACCGGCAAGCGCAAUCAAUGGUAUUCCUAAGGCAAUCCUGAGCAUCUCUUCUCAGAAGAAAGCCCCAGAGCGCAAAACAGCUCACUCCCUAUUAACUGUAUGUAGGAUUCUAAGCCUUUGGGCUGCAAUCUUAUGCACGGUUAACCUAGGAAUGAGCCUUACUAAACCAGGGAGAACUAAACAGCGCAAAAUUAUACUUAUGCUUCAGAGUAGGAAUAGCUUAAAACCCUAGUCUACCCGAUGCUAGGCAUGUUUGAUGCGACUUGAGCCCCGCUGAGUUCAAUGGGACUAAUUCUCCAAUAGGUCUGGAUAGGAUCGCAGCCAUUGGCCCUUUCACUUUCAUAGGGUACAGUGGGAUUUACUUUUAAAUAAGCAUGCACAGGCUCGGGUUAUUGGUAAAGGACCAACUUCGAACGACUGGAAGGAUGAGAGCUCUGCUCCCUUAACAAAGAUGGCCCCCUGUGUUACAAUUUAUUUUCCCUUUCCUGCCUGCGUAACUUCCCGACACUCCGUUGUAUGGACGCGCGGUUAGUUGUAACUAGGGAUAGCGAGAGCGAUGGCGCGAGUCAGCCGGUCGACGCUGGAGUGGAUAUAUUCGCUGAUGCUCCUCGCUGUUGUAUUGAUUUCAUGGGGAUACGUCAUUUAUGCCACACAAAUAGCAGCCAAAUGGCAGCUGAGAGAGGAUUACCCAGCACAAACAGAAUUUGUGAGACAUUGCGAAGACAUACCCACGAGUCACGCAGACGUUUGAGCUCAUUUGAGAUUGUUGUUACCUGGAACCGUGAAAAUAAUCUGCAUUCAAAGAUAGCAAGAGCUACGAAGUAGUAAUACUGAAGCUUCGCAAGUAUAGAUGAGAGGAGCAAGAAAACAAUACUUGGAAGGAUUUGAUGUUCUCAAACCUGUCAACAAUAAAGGAUCUUCUCUUUUCACACUCCAGUCUCCAUUAAGAUUGACUGGGAAGACAACUUUAACAAGUUGAAAUCCCUUCACUGAUUCUGCAGCCAUAAAGAACGAGGCUUCAGGUUGGCAUCCUAAAAAAAUCAUGUCUCAAUAUCGGACUUCUGAACAGAGAUUUUAUCAGCAAACCUGAUUUAUCACAUGGGUAGUAAAAAUGAAAGAAAUCCCGUUUCUUCCUAAUGCCUUCACUAUUACUUUAAAAAAAGAACCAGUGUGUUACAGUGGUUAGUGUCAGACGACCAUCUGGGAGAGGAGGAUUCAAAUCCUGACUCGGCCAUAAAGCUUACUGGGUGGCAUUGGGCAAAUCUCUCAACCUAACCUACCUGUUACUGGAGUUUUUUGCUGCUGUUUUGUUGUUUCUUUUAUAGGUUUUGGUUUUUAUUGCAGUGCCUCUCGUUUUUAUGCCAUCCUUUACGCUUUUAAAUUUUCCAAGUUACUUGGAGUCUUCUUACGUGUCAAGCGAGUAAUAAAUUGAAUGAAUACCUUACAGGUUGGUUUUGAGGAUAAAAUGGAGAGUGGGAGGAUCAUAAACACCACCUUGAGCUCCUUGGAGGAAAGGUAUAAACGUAAUAAAAUCUCCUAGGUAAAAAACUCAAGUCUCUGUCCAAAAAGCUUGCAAGCAAGCACAGGUCAUCUCAUCCAGAUUAGUUCACAUCUCUUCUCCCUCUUUGUUUUCCCUUUUUCAUAUGAUUGGGCUGACCUCCCAUUCAUUUCUCCUUGCAGCUAGUCUUAUCUUCAUCCUGGAGUGCAGCAUUUGCCAUUUUUAACUACCUGUUCUCAAAGCUUUCUCUGUUGGGCAGCAAUCACACACUACGCCACAGCCUUGCUGUCUUUUCUGAGGUGUGUGAAUAGUCUCUGGUUCAUCAUGGUGUCUUUCUCACUUCCACUUCAGCCAAUGUGGUUAUCAGCCCUUCUAGCCAAGCCCAAGAGGAGAUCUGCCACUCCUAAGAACACCUCACCAAUUUUAUGUAUAUACGAUUGUGGAUGGAAUGGCAAACUCAUACUUUUGAGGUGGAGAGGUCACUCUUAAACAUGGAAUUAAUACAAUUUUGCAAUUUUAUUAUUGAAACAAAUUGCUAACAGUGCAGCUGUAACUUCUUCAGCUGGAUUUAUUGCAAAAAAAGAAAUAUAUAAUACAUGAAGUGUUUAAUAGUUCAGAAACAAAUGCUGAGAUACCUGAAAGAGCAAUUUCUUUGCUAAUAUUAACAUGGCUAGAUCAGUCAUCUACUGAGAGUUUGAACGAUAGCAGUGAUAAGAUGAGGAUUUACUCUUUCUGGAAUGUAUACCCUGCAUUCAAGCCAAAGUUCCAUUUUCCAGUUAUUAAACUCAGAUCAAAUUAUGGAAUGUGAUUUUGAAGAAGCAUUCUUAUCCAUCCUCAUCAAUGGUAAGCUAGUCUCAGUUAUAGGAAAAGUAUGUACUUAUCAAAUCCUUGUAAAAAGGAGCCACCUUUCAACAAAUUGGGAGAACAUGCCUAAUUCUAUACUUGAUAGGGUCAUUUUUAAAGGAUUAUUCCAUUUUUAUGGCGUUAUAAUUUAUAUGGAAAUUUAGGUAUAACUUUGGUCUUUCCCUGUUUGGCUUUGUUCGGUGCUUAAAACAUAUCAAAUAGGGUACAUUCUGUUAUGACUGAAAAUUCAACUGUUUAAUAUUUUGCACUUACAGACUGGAAUAAUUUUUUACUUAUGGCUAUAGCGUAUAUUUUCUCCUCAAACACAAGACCAGCCACAAUCUCUCUUUUGCCUAAAUCAGGAAUAAUAAUUAUUGGAUUCAAUAACUAUUGAUGCCUCUAAGAAUUGCACUGAGAGUCCAAGUACAGCAUCACUCAUCAUCCCUUUCUUUGAUGAAAGGAAGCUAGGCAAUUGUCCACUGCUCUGUGGGGUGUGUAUCUUCCAUUAUGGUUCUGAACAGAAAGACUAUGAAAUGGUGUUUAGUUAAAAAAAAAGCUGUAACAAUAAUCCUGAAGUCACUUUUAUUGUUAGAUUACGUAUAUUCUGAAGCAAAACAGAUGUCUGUGGUUUCCCAAGUUCUUGAGUGUCUUAAUGAUGACUGCUUGGUAUUUCCAUUGGGGGAACUACUUCACCCGUUUCCAGAACUGUGUCACCCUAAGAAGUUAGAGAAAUCAUAAUUAUUAUUGCAAUGCAGUUAUUUUAGAAAGCAGAUGAUGUACACAUCCUUCUUCAAAACUAAUUUUGCUAUUUAUUUAUGCACCAUACAUUUUGCAAAUAUUUUCUUGUGUAUCAGAAAUUCCAACUAUAUAAAAGAUUGACCAACUCCACUCUUCCCACGCCACAUUUAUUUGUGGUACCAUAAAAGCAAAGUCUUCUUAGGCCAGAUAAAUUAGCAUACCUCAAACCUGGUAUUUGUGGCCAGAAUUGCUCACUCUAGAACCAUAUUGCUCAUAUCAUGAACAGAAAAUAACUGUCAUGGAACGUGUAUGUAUUCUAGCCCCACUGAAACAUACACACUGUUUUCAGGGGAUCUACACACCUAUACAUAUGAGUCACCUGAUUUAGUAUGGGCCACUGAUCUUUUGUUUUACCUAACUCUAUAUACCAAGGGUAGCGAACUGUUCUCAGCUUGACGGUCCCAUUCUUUCACUGGCAACCUUCCAUGAACUGCAUGACAGUGGGUGUGUGGCCAGAAGCAAAAGUGAGCAGAGCGACUUACCUUUGAACAGCAAGUUAAAAGCCAGAGGUCUCUAUACAGACACACACCUCUGUUUAUCCUUCAGCCAGGCAAGCAAAAGCUAUUACCACAGCUCAAGAACACAUUCCAGCCGGCAAAAGCACUUGAGGGAGGCAUGAGCAGGGGUAGUGAUGGGUUGAUCUAAGGGGCAUGACUUAGGGCUGGAGAGAUACACCUGGAGGACCCCCCCCCGAGGUUCACCACCCCUGCUCUAUAUAGUUUUAUUAUUUAUUUAUAUACAAACAGUCAAAGGAAUAAAAACACAUUUGACUCACUGGGAAUAUCUUGGGCUUCGACAUGAUAAAUCCAUAUGGCUGAUGCUGUGAAUGAAAAUAGUAAGCAUAAGUAAGCAUUUGGAGGGAAGUAGCCAUUCUGGAAGCUCUAUUCAUUGUAUCCUUUUCCAUCUCAGUAUCUUUUCAGUUGCUUGUGGCCUGCAACUAUUUUACUACAAUGAAACUCAGUGGGUCCUCUAAAGGAACCAAAGCACUCCACAUCUGAAAAAAUAACCCCAACAAAAUGCUUCACUUCCAUGAACAGGGAGAGGCAAUUUUAUUUUUUGGCAUUAGUAUUAUCCUCAAUAUUGUAUUUAUUUACUUGGCUCCCUUCAGAAAGCAACUUACAGCAGUGAUCCGCCCCCUCAGACUUCUUGCAGAUCGCUGAGGGCCUUGGAGGACCACUUAAAUGAUUUUUCUGUCAGCUGUAACAAUUGUAAUGUGCUGUGCUAGAUGCUGUAUGAUUUUUAAUUGUAUUUUUACAGAUACAUCACAGACCACCUGAAUGAAGCUCACAGACUACAGUCUGGGAACCCCAAUUUACAGUGUAGCUAGUAUCAAUACAGUGUCCAAUUCAAGAAUAAUCGCAUAUUGAGCAAAUUUAGCCAGUUAGGAAAGAUAAGGCCAAAACAGCCCCAAAAGCCUGAUCAUAAUCUAUCCCAAUCCCGCCAUGCAGCAGUAGGCUGCACACAUAAACACCUACUGAAUAUAUUGUUAAUGGGGUCAACUUUGACAAUCCUAGAUGUGGGGGGAAAAUGUUGGAGAGAAAAGAGAAGUGCCUUUUUAGUGCUUCAUCUGCCAAACCAGUAACUGGCACUAUCAAAGCUCACCACACUGAAAAUUGUUUGGCAGGCUUACAGGCAGUGAUGGGCUGUGGAGGCACAGCCUUGGCUAUUGGAUGCAAAGUGUUUUGUUGCUAUUCUAACCUGAGAGCAAGUAGAUAAAAAUGCAGCACCUUGCUCCUGCACACAAAAUCACCCUUGCUGGAAUAGGGCACCAUACAUAAUGUGGAUGGUUUAUUAUGGCUUGGAUCCUAAUUUCUGUCAUCAGAGUACCAUCCAUGGAACAGGAUUUCCCCAUCUCCCCCUUACCAUUACAGACCCUUUGCCCCAAACACGCCAGCUCUGAUGAUUGUAAGGGAGCAAGAUGGAAAUAGGAGGGAAUUAGGGACUUCCCUCACACAAGCGGGAAGUGCCUGGUGCUUGCAGAACAGCACCUUUGGAUCCAAGCCAUAGGUCUUAGGCAGCAACCGACUGCAAAAUGUUAAUUAUAAUUGCUACCCAAGUGGGGUGGGGGCACCCGUCCUUGAGGCAGCAAAACUGCCAUUUUCUUGCCCAUGCCACUAGACUAAGCAAAGUUCCCCGUUAUUUAAUUUACAAUAUUUUGAUACUGCCUUUCAUACCACAUCACAAGGCAGCAUAGUAUAAAAGACAAUAAAAGUACAUUAAAGAUUUCCUUGCAAAAUAAAAUAGGAGCCAAUUAGGCCAGUGCAGAAUUUAAUUAUCAUAGCCAGCUGGAAUUCAUGGUCAGCAAAAUCCUGAGCAAAUAAAAUAAUUUUUAUUCUCUGACCAUAUACCACUCAAAAUGACUAAAAUGAAGUGCCCAGUUCUUAUGUGUGCCUGGGCAGUCUCAAGGUAUUUUCCUGCCCUACUCUGACAUUAAAGUGCAACUUUUUUUAAUUUGUAAAAAGUAAUAGACUUGUCAACUCCAACAGAUUAGUAUAAGCAUGAAGAGAGGGAUCUUUCCCAUUAAAGAUGGGCCACCUGAAUAUUUUAUUUAUUUAUUAUUUGAUUUAUAUCCUGCCCUUCCUCCCAGCAGGAACCCAGGGCGGCAAACAGAAGCGAUAAAAACACUUUAAAACAUCAUAAAAACAGAUCUUAAAAUACAUUAAAACAAAACUACGUUAAAAACAUUUUUUAAAAAAACUUUAAAAACAGCUUUUAAAAAGGGUUAAAAACAUUAUUAAAAAAAACAUAUCAACAAGCAAUUCUAACACAGAUGCAGACUGGGAUAGGUCUCAAUUUAAAGGCUUGUUGAAAGAGGAAAGUCUUCAAAAGGUGCUGAAAAGACAGCAGAGAUGGCGCCUGCCUAAUAUUCAAGGGGAGGGAAUUCCACAGAGUAGGUGCUGCCACACGAAAGGUCCGUUUCCUAUGUUGUGCAGAACUUCCUGAUAAGAUGGUAUGAACCCCACACUGAUCUCUCCCACUCUGCAGGCCAGAUGUGUAGCAUGAGGUGCAUCACCAGUUCUCUCUGGCAGGUGAUAUGGUAGGGCUACCCAAUUAAUAAACAGAACCCACAUUUUGUAAUAAUAAUCUAGUGCAAGACAGCAUAGUGGGUGGGGCCUGGAUAAGGGGCGAAUGCUGCCUUGCCCCUGUCUGCUCUCCUCCUACCAGAUACCUUUUUAAUGACACAAAACAUUCCCUGAAGGGAGGCACACUUGCUGGGCUGCGAACAACACACACCUGUCCAUUAUCCCACACCAAAUUGUGAAGGCAGAAGACGGUGGUGGUUCUUACUUUGUCGGUACACCUCCUUGCAAGAAAUGACAUCACUCCAAAGGCCUCUGCUUCAUCACAAAGGCCUCUGGAAUGAACUUGCCUUCCCCAAAAGGGGAGGGUGCCUCUCAACUCCUUAAUCCUGAGGGGCAGGAGAUAGGAGUUUUCUGCCAAGCCAUUCCAGGAAAAAAAGGGGGGUCAAUGAUGUAGGCAUUGUAGGCAGGGAGUCCAGCCUCCAAGGCAUAAGAAAUAGGUCAUCCUUUUUUCUACAGGGCAACCAGGGCUGUGGAGUCGGUAUUGUCAAACCUUCGACUCCGACUCCUCUAUUUUUCUACUGUCCGACUCCGACUCCUUCAUAAAUGGCAAAUGUAUAUUAAUUUUUCUACCGUCAGAGUCAGACUCUGACUCCUUCAUAAAUGGCAAAUGUAUAGUAAUGUAUUAAUAUUAAUAAAUUAAUAUUAAACUAUUAAUCUUAUUUUGAAGUCGGAGUCAGUACAUUUCUACCGACUCCAACUCCACCCAAAAUUGCUUCCGACUCCAUGACUCCGACUCCACAGCCCUGAGGGCAACUAAAAAUCUUCAGCAACAGGCAGAUGGGGCAUGUGGAGAGUAGGUCCAUAGAAAAGGUGCAUACAUUGCAUGUUCAUAUAUCUACACUUAUGGCUAGGUUACCAAAAAUGCAGCAUAAUACAUACAUACCGCUAGAUGAUACUUGGCGUAAUAAUGGCAAAGCCAAAAUGGAAUAAGUACCCGAACAAAAAGAUAUACUCCAGCGUUGUAGGUUUUGAAUACCUAGAAAUAAAUGGUUUUUAUUAGUAGUUCUCUAAAUCUUAACAACUUAGACACAUACUAGCUUUUAGGAUUUUAAAAAAUAAAGUAUUAUUUUAUGUUGAAUUCACAUUGCAUACUUUGGGCCAGUUUGGGUGUCAUAGUACACCAUGGUUUAUCAUAACAGGAACAAGCUCCAGCAAACCUUAGGCUCACAACCUCACCGCUUCUCCAUGCAGCUACAACAGGGAGGUUAAUAGCUUUUGCUUCUAUUUCAGAUUGACUGCAGUUCAGUGUUACAUAACAAACGCCGAGUCUGUGGUUAAUCUUAACUAUGGUUUAUGAAACAAGCCAACUUCAUAACCAAUAGUUUGAAAAUAACUAUGGUUCGUUUGAAACAAGCUUAGAUUAACUACAAUUUUGAUGAAACAAGCUACUGUGGCUAAUCAAAAACAGAAGUGAAAGCUGUCAAUCUCCUCCUAAACUCUUUGUGGCUCAUUCCUAUCAAGAUAAACCAACAAAUUCACUGCCUUCAUAUGAAUUCAACAUUAGGACUACUUUUCCCCAAAUUAAUGAAGUCCAGAAGUAGAAUAAAAUCAGUCUGCAUCAAAACAUUUUCUGAUGCCUUAGAGAGGGAUCUAGGUUAGCAUAUUUUAAUCGUAUUUAAUAAAGAAAAAAAUUGAAAUGAGUUAUGUACUAUAUUUAUAUCCAGCCUUUCCUUGGAGCUCAAGGCAGUGUUAGGUAGAAAACCCCUUUUGGGCCCACAAUGGGUUUGGAGGCACUUGUCAGGCUUUGUGAACCAACGUUGCAAAGCACGAUGGAACACUGAGGGAGGGAGAGCACAACUGCUCUAGGUUUCGUUUCCUCGCCUCUGGGAACUUAGCCCUGAAGAUGCCUCUCAGCCCACAACAAUGUUUUGAGAAGAUAAGCACUCUGCUGUCUUCGAUUGUUUUAAUUUUCUUUUCUGUGUCUUGUACUUUAUUAUCAGCCUUGUAAAUAAUCAGAGGCUUGCACUGCUUUCUGAAUUCCCUUUGUAUAUUCCCUUAGAAAAGUAGCAAUAGGAUCAUAUAGGGUUACUGAGAUUUGACCUUUUCAGGCUAUACGCAUUUUCCUGUGUAUAUGUUCUCUUAUGACUCCCAAAGUGUCAAAACACCCCCUCACAGGCCCUUAUCUUAAGAACAUAUUGCUCAUGAGUCCCAAUCCAAAGGAAGGACACCCUGACAUCUGAUGCGUAGCAAAUGAUAUGUGGCCUGGGUCUGUUACUUGUCUCUGACGUUGUCAAUAUUGUUAUGUUACAUCUUGUUUAUUGCUCUUUUACUCCUGAAACCUAUAUAUUGAUUCUGCUUACAAUAAAGGGGGUCU